UUACGAUACUUGCAAAAUUGAUUGAUUUUUUUACCAAAACAAACUAUUUCUCAACACCGACAAAACAAUGCAAAUACAUUUGAUGCACCUUAAAUUUGAAACGCUGAGUCAUCGCCGAUUGUAGUUUAAUUGUAAUUAAGUCAGAGAAUCCGUGAACUCGUUCAUCUUUGUUAACUUCAGCCAAGAAUUGCUGAAGAGACGACUUCUAAGACACGGAAGAAUUUCCUUUGAACUUUUAUCAUAAGGAUUAUGACUUUACAUUGGGAUUGAAAUAGAUUAUUGAUUCAUCUAGUGAAGUCGGAGACAACAAACGGAUCGUAACUCGAAAUAGAUUUGGAACCCCCUGAUUGCAAUCAAAAAGAGGCCGACAAUUCAGAAAAUCCCCGGCGGUUUUCCUGCAUCAAGAUGCCAUUUCGACUUAGAUUCAAAAAGACCCGUCGAUAUGACAUCUCUUCAAAGAAUGACUACAGAGUUGAAGUUCAAAUGCUGGACAGUUCUCUUCUUGCCUGUACUCUAACACCGGACAGUACAGGGCAUGAGUGUUUGGAUGGCAUUGCACAGAAAAUUGAACUGCAGGAGCUUCAUUACUUUGGCCUCAGGUAUGUAACAAAGAAGCUGCAGUUCAGAUGGGUUGAGCUAGACAAGCCCCUUAAAAAGCAGCUGGAAAAGUAUGCCCAGCCUUCCACAUCUCACGCCAACAAAUCACCGCGACUCUACUUUGGUGUCAUAUUCUACAUUGCCAAUGCCCAUAAGAUACUGGACGAUGUGGCAAGGUACCAGUACUACCUGCAGCUGAAGACUGACAUUGUGGAUGGCCGUCUACCCCUGACAGUGGACCAGGUCAUCCGACUGGCAGCAUACAGUCUGCAAGUGGACUUUGACAACUACAACACUGAGCGCAAUCCUGCGGACUACUUUGCAGACAAUCCUGUCUUCCCAAAGAACCUGACACGUGACCAGCAGAUAGUCCAGGAGCUGAUGGGGGAGGUGCUACAGGUGUACGGCCAGCUACAGGGAAUAGCCCCAGUGAGAGCAGAGAUACUCUACAUGAAGGACAUACAGAUGUUGGAUGGAUAUGGCAUGGAGUAUUAUGUUGCUAAGGAUGAACGUGGCAAGGAAUUGUAUCUGGGGACCUCCUACUCUGGGAUAUUUGCUCGAUACUUAGAUAAUCAACCCCCUGUAUUCUUCAAGUGGGCAGAUGUUAAUAAACUCCAACAGAGCAAGAAGAACUUUGAAAUCGGCUCUGCCAAUCGUUGCUUGCAUUACCAAAUGGAAGAUUCUGACACAGCCAAGUACCUGAAGAGGAUGUGUCUGCUGCAGCAGAAGUUCUACAAGUCUGCUAUGGCAACACCCAGUGCCACCUUAGAAGAGUACAUGGACAAUGCAGAAAGCCUAUCAGACCUGCAACAGAGCACCCUGUCUCACAGCAAUGAGAGGAGUGUAGACGUACUGGCAGAGUCACAGUCAUCUUUGCAGUACACUGAACAAACAGAUUCAAGAUCUGAGAACACAGAUGAGUACUAUAACCAGUCGCAAACAAGUCUGAAUGUGUCCUCACCUGAUCUGACCUCGUUGUCAGGACAACCGUACCGGCGAGCCUCCUCAGCGUCCAUGGCCAAGUAUCAGCAGCAGCUGCAGCAGCAACAGCAGCACUAUGAGCAGCAACACCAGUCACAGCACCCUCAUUAUGCCCCGUCUGCGGAGGCCUUCACUGCAGACCCCUCGCUGGCCCCCCACUACUCCAGUAGACUGGCAGCCCUUCCGGCAUACCGUCCAGCGCCAAGCUACGCCAGGGUGAUGGAACAGAAGAUGGCCCAGAUGAAUCAAGCCCACUUGCAGCAUGUGCAUCUCAGCAAUCAGGCGCUCCAUGUUCAACCGGAUAUAAACCAGAAUAUCACCAACACAAACAUUUACGCACAGAAGGAAGUGUUAGCAUACAGUCAGCCCAACAUCAGUGCUCACACAGCAUAUAGUCAGCCAAAUAUAACUGAUCAACCAAUGAACUUUACUUCUGCAGAAGGUUAUAGGCAGAUUCAAGGCUCCCCAGCGCGCAAUUAUCCGAGUCAUUCGGUAUCCAUGUAUCCUGACAUGUACCAAGGCCAUGGUGGUUAUGAUAUGAAUUAUCGUUAUGACCGGCAGACAAACCUCUCAGUGCAGCCCACCUACAGUUCUCCAGAGCUCACUACCCAAGGCUUGCCUCAAGAUUAUGCAGGAGAUGCAAUGUUCAACAUGGAUCAGGCCUACCUUUAUCACUAUAAACCUCCGCCACCUUACCCAAGGGCAAGUAACUCUACGCCCGAUCUUGCUGCUCAAACAGGCAGUCAUGGUUCCAUGAACAGUCCAGAUCUGAUCUCUAGAAAGCAUCUUGUACAUUCUGCUUUCAGUAGUUCAACUAACAUCCAAGAGAUUGUGGAGAAUCUCACGGACUCCAUCCCAGAGGUUGUGAAUGUUAACGAUCCUGCGAAUGACAAUUCUAAUCUUCCUGCACAGAUUGAGACUGAUGAUGCUUCCAGUGAUCACUCCAAUUCCACUUUCCAUGUUAAAGAGACAGACAGUGAGACUGAAGAGACUUUUGUACGAUCAAUUCCGCAGCGACAGAGCAGCCAGUCCAAGGUCACCGUGAGACGCAUUCCUCCCAACAAGGCAGCUCCACAGUCCAUGAUCAAGGAGGUGGCUACAAAACGAGAAAGUUUCCGAAGGAUGAUGAUUGCGAGAUCUGGUUCAUUCACUCCGGGAGUUCUAAACGAGAACUCGAAAAGGAUCAUGCACAAUAAUCGAUCUCUAAGAUCGAAAACAAAAAACAGCAUUGAGGAGCAUAUCCUAGAGACAAGUCGCGGUUCACAAAGCGGUGAAGUGGUGAAGGAUCCAGUCCGAGAGAAUGUGAAAAACGUUCUUAACAAGGUGGCGCAAAAUGCGGAAAGCAAUGUAGACAGUGCAGCUGUUAAAUCUCAAUCGAAGGAAAUAAUGAGGAGCCAAAGUGAUACCAACAAGGCCCAGAAUAAAGUCAAGGUCGUUCACGAGAAGUCAGUGUCAGUAGACAGCAGUCAGGAACGGCAGCAGCUACUCAACAAACUGAAACACAAUGAGUCUGAUGUGGAAACAAUCAGGGAGCAGGAUCAGUCCAUGGGUUCACGAGAACGGCUUGUAGAUUACGACGAUUCUGAUUCGGACUCAGAAGUCCCGCAGUCGCCCAUUGGGCCACUGAAACUUGCAGCCAUGAAUGGCCUGACGAUGUCACGGCCAAUGGUGCUUGCGCUGAUGAAUGAUGAGACUAGAGCGCCCAAGGAUGAACGGAGAAGAGUGUUGGAAAAAAAGCUGUCAGAGAACACCAUUUUCAAAGAGUUUGAAGAGACACCAAAGAAGAUCUCUGACUUUGAAUGCAGUGUGGCAAAACUACCAGAGAAUUCUCUUCGCAACAGAUUCCGCGAUGUUGUCCCCUAUGAUUGCACGAGAGUGAAACUGAAUCCCAGGAAAGACAACUCCUCUGGUUACAUCAAUGCCUCACAUAUCAAGCUGACGGUAGGCCAAAAGCUGUGGUGGUACAUCGCCACGCAGGCUCCCAUGGACUGCACGCCCGUCGACUUCUGGCAGAUGGUCUGGGAACAGGAAGUAGAGGUCAUCGCUAUGCUCACUGCUCUCAUGGAACUUGGUCGGCCCAAAUGUUAUCCAUACUGGCCUCAAGACCCCGGCCCAGAUGAUAAAUUGGUCUUUGGAGAUUACCAAGUUCAGCUGAUGUUCUCCAACGACUCAGUUUGCUAUGUGACAAACCUGAUCACACUGCGCCACAUUCCCUCAAAGAAAGAGCGCCAUGUGUGGCAUCUACAGUACACGGACUGGCCCGACCAUGGCUGUCCAGACGAUAUGUACGGGUUCUUAGGUUUCCUGGAUGAGAUAGAGUCAGUCCAGCGUCUUGCCGAAGAGGGCAGUGGCAAGAAGUCUCCCCUGGUGAUACACUGCAGCGCAGGCGUGGGGCGCACAGGGGUAGUCAUCCUGACCCAGAUCAUGAAAUGGUGUCUUGACUCCAAUCAGGAGAUCGACAUUCCAAAGGCCCUGUCUCUGAUCAGACAGCAGAGGAUGUACAUGGUGCAGACCCUUGGACAGUACGACUUUGUACACAAGACCCUCAUCCAGUACCUCAAGAACACGAGGCUCAUCUGAGACCUUAAAUACAUCUGCAGGGCCAGUAUUAUAAAAAUCUUACAGAAAUCUUAACUUGUACUUGAAUGAAUAUUUAAGAUCAAUGUUUAUAUGAGUCGCGUUCUGAAAAAAACGAGCUUAAUGCGUUUGCAUAAGUGUCAUCCCAGAAUCAGGGGCGACACUUUCCGCUUUUUAUGGUAUUUUUAGUUUCAAGGAAGUCCCUCCUUACCGAAAAUCAAGUUUAGGCAGAAUGUGUCGUCCCUGAUAAGCCUGUGCCAACUGCACAGGCUAAUCUGGGACAACACUUUACGCACAUGCAUUAUGCCCAGUUUUCUCAGAACGCUUCUCAUAUUAGAUCAAUGUUUAUAUGUUUUAUGCUUACAAAAUUAUGCAAAAGUUAUCAUUGAAAAAGAACUACUUUUGUAUGGCAUUUUUAUAUGAAAAGACCUUAAUACAAAAUUGCCUUUAGUUAAGACAUAGUAUGAUUUAAGAGUUUCGAAAGUGCUAUAUAAGGAGCUUGUAAAUAUUGGCCCACUGAAACCCAUGUUUACAGUGCUUUCCUUCAUUGCAUUACAUUUUGUAAAGUGGACAGACAAAUGCAUUCCCAAAAUAUCACAUUGUCAAAUGUUGUGCAGAUCAGUAUAUCGAGAUCAUAUUUUAUUAUGAACUGUACAAAACUACAUAUUGUUGUUGUGUAAACUCUUUUUCUGUUCAUCUUUUUAUUAAAUAUACGAGUUGAAUUACAUCCACACAUUUCAUGCAGUAUUGUAUGUCGUUGUUUUGUUUUGGUAUAGUGCUGCUUGAUAUCGAUAAUGCCUCUAUUGCAUGUGACAAUACGUAUCAUUAUAGAUGCCAUUUUUUAGGUAUUGUGCAACAUGUUGUGUGUAUAAUUACACAUACUUAACUUAAUUGCUUUAAUCUGUGUGUGAUAAUCGAUGAACUAUGCAAUCCGUUUGCUUGGUAUAGUAUCAGCAUAUUUUUAAUGAAAUAUUUGCUGACGGUUUUAUAUCAUUGCUAAAAUCUAAAUAUUCUUGAUUGAAUGAAGAUAAUAUGAUGUUAUUACAUGUGCAUGUGAAGUUAAACAUUGUUUGCAGUGUACAUUUCUGGUCAUAACCAUCCAAGAUAAGAGAUCAUAUGUAUAUUUCAUAUUGCUGAUUGCCUAUUUUUCUGUGAUAAAUUGGUUGUUUUGAUAAAAGUUUUGCAAAAUGUGACACAAUCUCAUAAUUUGCCAAAACUGGUGGAUAUUCAGAACUUGUUUGCAAUCAUGGCAACCAGUACAUGUAUCUGUUUUGCCACAUCCAUGGUUGUGUUCAUACUUUGGACCUCAUUCUGGGAAAAGUGGGCUAAAUAUGAGUGCUAAGGGUCAUCCCAGAUUGGACUUGACAGUCUGAACAGUUUGAGCAAGGACAAGCUUUCCACCUAGUCCGGAUUUACAUUUAGAAAUGAAUUCCUUUCAAUGAAAAAUUCCAUAAAAGCGGAAAGCAUCAUCAUUGAUAAGCCUGUGCAGAGUGCACAGGCUAAUCUGGGAUGACACCAUGCACAUGCAUUGGGCCAGUUUCUGCAGAACGUGGCUCCUAUUUUUGUAGCUAUGAUACCCCCACCAAGCUUGAGUGGGGGUAUAUUGGUGUUACUUUGCCAGUCACUUUAUCAAUCAGUCUGUAUUAAAUGUUUAGUUUUGGGGGCAAACUACUACCACAUUUCUUCUCCAGUGUUUAAAUUUAAAUGAUGUCAUCACCAAAUUAACAAAUUAAGACAAAAGUAUUAUGCCUAGAUAAAAAAUCUACUACAAAUUCCUUAAUAACUUUCAUUGUUGCUAGGUGAUAAAGCAGUGCGUCGUGUUUGUGACAACUCCAAGUAUCACAAUUCUUCUUCAGGGACUGAAUCAAUUAUGAAUAUUAAGAUCAACUCUAACCUAUAACUUUGAUAUCUUGAUGUUUUUGUUUCUUUUCGUGGUGAUAGGAGAUUGUUUUGUGAUUUUAUUAUGGAAUUGGAGUGAAAACAUUGUAAUUAAAUUGAAUAUUUUUAACACAUCCUGAAAUAAAAUGUUUGGAAUCAGUGUACAUAUGAAUUGUGAGUUAAUUUCAUUAUCAACUUUGAAUCUCAAUUAUCAUCUUUAAUGGGUCAUUUUAACUUUUCACUUAUAUUUUUCUUCCAAUCUAAUAACAGUCAUAAGUUAUACAUUGGGUUGUGCAAAGCGUUUGAAUGUUGUUAUUUGUAGUCCUUUUUGACCAUUUUAUAACUCACAAAUGAACUGUCCUGCAUUAUGUAUUCUUGUGCAAUAUUGUUUGUCUUUUUUCAGUUAUCACUUUUAAUAAUUAAGUAUUAAGUGCAUUUAAAUUAGUUCUCUUUAAACCAUUUGCUGAAAUGAUUUGUUUAGGGUUAGAAGUAAACCGCCUUCUUGAGCUCAUUUAAAGAUUAAUAAAAAAAUUAAUUUGUUAAUGCCUCUAAAAAUAAAAUUAAAUGCUCAAAAUUGAUUUACUUUUUAUUUAACCCUCUUGUUUGCCAUUGCUAUGAAAAGAUGUUUUAAAAUAUAAUUAAACAUUUUAUUUUACCAGGAGUAGACUUACAUUGUAUAAAAACCUUACCAAUUUAAUAGUGUAUCUUAUGUAAAAAAUGUAUUUGAUACGUAGCAUGCUGUAUGCCCGUUUUUGUAAGUAGGUUGUUAAAAAAUCAUUUUUUAUGGCAGAAACUAGAACGUUAAAAUAUUGUAAACAUCUUAUUGUUUUUCAGUAUACAGCUAUACUUGAUAUAUUUUUUAUGUACCUGUGUCCUUAAAGCAGUUUGUAUCCUGUUGGAAUAGCAUGUAUGAAACUGUUCAUGCAGUUUGACGAGUUAUAAUGACGCAAUAGGACUACAACUAUAUUGAAUAAAAAUAGUGCUGCAUAGCUUUUCUGUAUCUUGAUAAUCAAGAGUAUUGUAUUAGUUUCUGAGUUUAAAAAUUGUGUUUUACUUCGUAUUCUAGUUUUUGGUGAUAUAUUUAUACCUUGCCAGUUCAGUUUACUUUUGUCUCCUCAAAAAAUCUCAUACCUUAUAAUUAUAAAAAUAGCAUGCUUCAAUGUGAAUGAAACUUUUAAGUGUUGUAUAUAUUUUUCAAAUGUUUAAUUGUUGAUUUUAUUAAUACAAUGUUGAAUCAAAUGUUUAAAUACAUAUGCUAAACUAAAUGAUUUAUUUUAAAUAAUAAUAAAACGUAAAAAAUA